UUUUUUCCUCGUUCGUGUUUUCUGUUAUGAUAGCAAUCCUCGCAGUGUCGCCUCGACUGGCACUCCACCAGACCCACACUGACACUCCACCAGACCCACACUGGCACUCCACCAGACCCACACUUCCACGCUAGUCAGAGGAAGAGAUAAAUUGGAGAAAAUAUAAUAAAAGAAAGUCGACAAAAAGACUCUGCGCGUAGCUGUGAAGUUGUCAAAAUGGCCACUUCUCUUGUGAUUCGGGGACACCACUGACUAGCAAGAGUAGUAAAAUAUUAUAUCUUCUCAGAUGGAUGAUUCUUCCAACAACAGUCUUCACCCCACCGGUUUUAUCAUCUUCCUGCUUCUUCUAAGCACCUUGGGUAUGGUCUGGACAGUGUCCUGCAGCUGGUUGACCGGUAGAAAGAAAAGACAGAGGGUCGGGCACAAUGCGGACAUCACGGAUGGACUUGUGCUUCAGAUCAAUAGACCUGUGUGCGUGACAGUGACUAGACCCCUCAGUCCAUCAAUCAAAAGCCCAAGAAAUAAAACCAUUGAACGUUAUUCAAUUCCUGAGCAGACUCUUGGCACAGCUUCUGAGGACCUUCGCAGAUCUCUUCGCCUGCCAACCAUAGUAGUUACCCCGCCUUCUCCAGUGGACACAAUCGCUGAAUUGUCUUCCCUUGGCUCGGGCAGUAGCAUUGGGAAAGCAGACGACCUCGUGAUGAGCAGUGACGAUACUGACAUCCCAGAGCCCUCUGGCGGCUACCAAUCGCCGUCGCAAGAUGGGAGGGCUUUUUAUCGCGGAGCUGUUGUUCGCGACUCCAUGCGAAACAGAAUGAGUGGACUUUACUCGACCCCCUCUCUUGAUUCCCUCGAAGGGGACAUCGGCGGCUACGAUUCUGAGAAGUCGGGCACCUUUCCUUUGUCCGCCUUAGAAUUGAUCACAGCAUCUCCUGCCAUCAUGUUGCAUUAUAUUCCCAGAACACAUUCUCAGCAAGAUCGUGCAGAUAGCAUCACAUCUACGCAACAGAACACCUGUUCAAACCCCAACCACUGCUUCCAAGAGUCUGACACAAAGGUACCAACGUAUCAAACUCCUGAAUGUUCCUGAUAUCACCCAAAAUUCAAAACUCACUAUUCAAAAGCACUAUAGUUAGCUUUAUCUUUGAUGAAGUGCAGUCGCCAUAGUUUCUGUACAAAUCCUCUGUGUAAUGAAUCCAUUCAAACUGGAGACAAAUGUCUUGUAUUAUUCACCAUUAUUUUGUGGAUAGCAUACUUUCGGAUUUACCUCUUAGCGUCAAUAUAAUCACAAAACAUGGGUAACGUUAAUUUUGACAGUUACAACCUGUUUUUUUUUUUAUGAAAAAUAUUAACUUUUUAAAAACAUGUUUGUAUCAGCUCUGUAUGUCAGUCCGGAAAAAUUGAGAAAGCACUUUACUUUUUCAUGACAGAGGCUGCAAACGAUCUUUCAGCUCAUCAGUAAAAAGAAAAAAAAAGAAAAUUAUAUGUAGCAUUCAUACUCUCUCUCUCCCGCCUUGACUACUGCAGUGCUGUUCUGGCAGGAAUACUGAUGACAAAAUCGCUAAGCUGCUGAUAAUUCAGAACAGAGCCAUGCGCCCUCGUAGUUUCAAGUUGUGCCCCGUUUUUCCCUCAAAAGUUACGGUUUGCGGAAUGUUUUCAGUCCAUGGUUUGGAAUUUGAAGAAGCCACAUGCUUCACUGCAUUCAAGAAGAACAUUAAGACCUAACUGUUCAACCUUUAUUGAUUUAAAAAUGCAUGGUAUAAACAAAUCAAGACUUACAGAUCUAUAUUUAAAAAAUACGACGAUAAAACUGUCUAUAAACUUGAAUCACUUAAUAAGCUAGAUGUGAGACGUAAUUGUAACGGUGUAUUUACUAUUGAUAACGUGCCAAUAUCGAUAAAGCAUAUUAAUCAAAAUAUGAAAAGAAUAAUUAUCAACGGAGUGUUUUUACAAUGCACAAGGCUUGGUGCUUAACCGAUUGGCAGAGGCGUCACUAGUGAGUGAGGCUUGGUACACUGAGUUGAAAUCUUAAGAUGACAUGUGUGUGAACAGCUGCACUGAUAUAUUUAAAAUGGGAUACUUAAAGUGUAAAAUGUCAUGCUUGUAUCUAUAAGCCUUAUAAUAGAUAUGUAUGCAUGAAAGGCCUAUAUAGUAUAUAAUAUUUGUAAUACGCUUUGUUACAUUUCCUUUAACGUAACAUUUAUUCAUUAUUAUACUAAAAGUUGGAAUAUAAAAUGAAUGCUUGUAGAUCGAGCGAUUCGUGCAAUACAUUUAAAUUAGUUUCUGUCAGGCCAUUUGUCAAAUGCUUGUUAAUAUCUAAUCAAGCGAUUCGUGGAGUCAGGAACGGCUUAGGCAAACUGGGCAGCCGCCUAGGGCCUCCGAUUGAUUGGGGGCCUCGCACAGGAUAUAAGACAAUUUUGAGAGAAGAAAUAACUAAACUUGUGCCUAAUGUCAUUGUUAGAGUACACUAGGUUUUAAUAAAUCGCAUUAUUUUUUUCA